UAUCCCACAAUUCUAAUGUUUACGGCUCGUCGGUGAAAGAUGGCGGAUAGCAGUGGCAGUAAUCCUCAAUCACCCGGUUUCACGGAGAAAUUAAAAUCGUGGCUUUGCUGGUCGUGGACGUACAUAUGUGCGCUUUGGUUCGCCAUGGUCUUAACGAUGGUUUACGUGCUGAGGAGCCCCCUGAAGCUGCAGGAGACCGUCAACGCAGCAUCUGUGUUUUUAAACACUCUUACGCCUAAAUUCUAUGUUGCGCUCACUGGAACCUCCUCGCUCAUCUCGGGCCUUAUAUUGAUAUUCGAAUGGUGGUACUUCAGAAAGUAUGGAACUUCGUUCAUCGAGCAGGUGUCGGUCAGUCACUUGCGCCCUCUGCUGGGAGGAGUGGAGAACAGCAGCUCUGUGGGCCUCUUCUCUUCAGUAAACGGCGAUACAGAGCAGAGAAGCAACGUUGCAGAAUGUAAAGUGUGGAGGAACCCACUGAACCUAUUCAGAGGUGCAGAGUACAGCAGGUACACUUGGGUGACGGGUAAAGAACCCCUGACAUAUUAUGACAUGAAUUUAUCAGCUCAAGAUCAUCAGACCUUCUUCUUGGGAGACACUCAGCAGCUUAGACCAGAGGACUCUGUAAUGCAGAAGGCCUGGAGGGAGAGGAACCCGCAGGCACGUAUUCGAGCAGCUUACCAGGCAAUUGAAUUGAACCGCGAAUGUGCUGCAGCAUACGUGCUCUUGGCUGAGGAGGAAGCCACAACCAUCACAGAAGCUGAACGGCUAUUCAAACAAGCGCUUAAAAGUGGUAUGGAACUUUCACACUGUCACACAUAUGUACUCAGCACACAGUAUCUCACGCUUUUGCUUAUUACCGUUGCGUUCACAGCCGGUAAAGACACCAAUCUUGUGGUCUACAUCAAGCGCAGACUGGCCAUGUGUGCUAGAAAACUGGGUCGCAUCAAAGAAGCUGUAAAGAUGAUGAGAGAUUUAAUGAAAGAAUUCCCUUUACUGGGAAUGUUAAACAUUCACGAGAACCUUCUAGAAGCGUUAUUAGAGCUGCAGGCCUAUGCUGAUGUACAAGCAGUCCUCGCAAAAUAUGACGAUAUCAGCUUGCCAAAAUCAGCUACUAUAUGCUACACAUCUGCCUUACUGAAAGCCAGAGCGGUGUCAGAUAAGUUUUCACCUGAGGCAGCGUCUAGACGAGGUCUCAGCACAGCAGAGAUGAAUGCAGUGGAGGCCAUACACAGAGCUGUGGAGUUCAACCCACAUGUACCAAAGUAUUUAUUAGAGAUGAAGAGUCUGAUUUUGCCACCUGAGCAUAUUUUGAAGAGGGGAGACAGUGAGGCGGUGGCAUACGCUUUCUUUCACCUGCAGCACUGGAAACGAGCAGAGGGGGCGCUCAACCUGCUACACUGUACCUGGGAAGGCACUUUCCGGAUUAUUCCAUACCCUCUGGAGAAGGGUCAUCUCUUCUAUCCUUACCCAGGAUGCACAGAGACCGCAGACAGAGAGCUUCUGCCUUCAUUUCACGAGGUCUCAGUGUACCCAAAGAAGGAGCUUCCUUUCUUCAUCCUCUUCACAGCGGGCCUUUGCUCCUUCUGUGCCAUGUUGGCCAUGCUCACACACCAGUUUCCAGAGCUCAUGGGGGUGUUCGUCAAAGCCUUCUUCAGCACCCUCUUUGCACCACUGGGCUUUUUUGCAGACAAGAUGGAGAGUUUUAUGCCCUCCUGCCUGUGGCAUCAACUUGCAAACGUCUGACGUACACCAAUUCACACAUACUUGCACUCAAAAACACUACUGUACAUGUAACAUGCGUAAAGUGCCCACCUGUACUGACAAUAAAAAUGUUUUGGCUCUUUGA